GUUGUUCCGAACCCGUGAGACCUCCAUUUAUCUUUGGAACACUGUUUCGAACUGUGGUGCCUGGAGCUCUUUGUGGAAUGGAUCCACUUGAUCAGGGCCAUACACUGGAUCAGAGACAGCUCCUCACUCUAUGAGAAAGUCAUGCUGGAGGCCCCUAGUCUGUGGUGUGCCCUUGGCCUGAACUACUGCCACCAAUCCAGACUGAUCAGCUGCCUCAAUCCUCAAGAGGAUCAGCAGCCUCUGCUGGAGAAAGCCAUACAUUGUGUGAAGAAUGCGAUCAUGCUCGAUGACUGGAAUGCCCUCGGGGUGGUCUCCAUGGCAAAGGGAAUAGAAAACUUUUCUUUUGCACAAUACUGCUUUAUCAAAUCAUCAAAUAAUGUGGUUGCAUGGACCAACAUUUGGAAAUAUAGAGUCCUUUUUCUAAAUUUUUAGCUAUCGCAUGAAGCUUUUAAGAUUGUCCAGUCUCUAGAACCCCUGUAUAUGAACUGCUGGAUCGGAUAGGCCCAGAUUGCAGAGUAAGAUGGCAGUUAUGACACCAUGGAUCUUUUCAGACAUACCACAGAACGGAUUACUCAUACCGAGGGAGUGAAGGGUUAUGCAUAUUGGGAUUGCUCCACACUGCUGGACAGGAGCAACAGAGACUCCGAGAUCUACCUCUACAACAAAGUCCAGAUGAGCGCUGUCUCUGCUGCCCAGGAGCAUCUGCUGUGUUGUGGGAACCCAGGAAAUCCUUCUCUCUGGCCUCUUCUCUCCAGAUUGGUCCCACAGUACUGCCCCAACAAAGCCAGUGGAGGUGCUGUGGCUGGCAGUGUGGGGUGUGAUGUCAGCUUGACACUUGGAAAGAGGGCGUUGCUGUGCAGUGGAGUGACUCAGUUGUCCUCAGGCCGGCACUCUGGUGAGGACACAAUCCAGAGAGCUGUGCUGCUGUGCCCAGACGAUCCUGCUGGGUGGGCGGAGCUAAUGGCUGCCUGUCACACAGAGAACACUGCAUGCUUACUCGAAGGCUCCGCCCCUCGCAGAGAAGGUCUGGAGAGGGCACACAUGACUCUGGUGUCUGAAAAAGUGAAGGGCCUGCAGGCCGUGACUGGACUCAAACGAGGCCAAUAUGACCAGGCAGAGACUCUCUGCUCACAGGCUCCGAGUGUAUCUCCAGAGCAUCCUGUGGUGUUCCUGAGGUUAAGGCCGGUUCGGUGUGAGCGCCUCCUGUUGUCUGACACUGGUAACUGUGUUCCUCCUGCAGUGCUGGAUCAGCUCAGCGCUGCUGUCAUGGCCAACCACACGUCUGUGUCCACCUGGCAUUGGUUGGCAGGAGUGUACUGUUCUCAGGGUCUGCUGGCUCAGGCCUCUGUGGCAUAUAGACAAAGUCUUCAGCUACUUCAGCUCGGUGACCACAUUGGAAAGAUGAGCAGUCUGCUCCGACUAGCCCUGCUGGCACUGAUGCCGUGUUCGGCUGGUGUCUAUGUCUCUGAAUGGAAGGAUCUGGUGUUGGAGGCCAGCAUUGAAGUCUUAAAGAUGGGCAGCUCACCAGUAGCUCUGCUCUUGCAAGCUUUACUGCAGUUCUCUAUGAAGAUGGGUGCCAGGGAAACCCGACGCCUGUUGGAGAAAAUAGUUUAUGCUUCAGCCUCAGGCGGCUCUGAAACUAUAGCGUCAGUGGCGCGGUACCUCCUGCGCCACCUGCACGCCAAAGAUGACCUGGAGCUGAUAGAUGUGAGCAAUUGCAUUCACUCGCUCUACUUGAAAACAAAUGAGCAACUCAGGCUUGUGUUGCCCUUAUCAGAUUUGAUUCCAAUGUAA